GUUGUAUUUUGCUUUAAGAAAAAGGGGUUUAGCGUACAAUAUGAGGAAAACAACGUCCUAUUUGGGCGGGUUUACAAUGAAGUACAUCAAAGGCACAGGUCUCUACGAUGAAGAUCAUGUCAAUGACUUUAACGCUAAUCCUUAUAUGUCUGCGCGUACCACAAUGCGGUGGUAUUAUCAAAUGGAGCGCCAUCAAACGCGAAGCAAUCUUAAUGCGAGGCAGGCUACACAGAGCUAUAAUAAUAAUAUGGGUCUGCACCACAGUGGACGUGGCGCGUUUGAGCGUGAAGCGGAACGUCGGGGUAUCAAGGUUGAAAAGUAUUCUCUUACAACAACUACUGGUUCGGCACGCGUAGCUGAAAUGGUUCUUUUGCGUCGAGAAAAACUUGAGGGGCAAUCAUCGAAGUUCAUGGAGUCUAAGCGUGCAGAGCUGCGUCGAUCGUCACCGUCUGGAUGGUACGAUGAGUCUAAGGGACCUCUUAAUCCAAAUUUCCUCAAGAGCAUCCAGAUGAAUUAUGAUGUGAAUAUUCUAGACCUUCCAAAUACGCCAUUGAUGAGAGUUUCCACCUGAAUGAACCAUGUUCUAUCUUUUUACACAUUAUUUAAAAAUAAAGAGUAUAUGGGGGUGAUGGUAUUCGGUAUUUUGAAACGGUGUAAUUUGUUAAAAUGUUUUACCUCGUCUUCUAAUUCAUUAGAUGAUGUCUUAUUUUGUGUCGGUUUAAUCCAACAGAUAUAGUGUGAUAUGUACUUUUGUGUCUACAUCA